AUGAUUUUGCCACAACGUGAUCGCUUGACGCGUGAGCACACACAGCUGAAGCAGAAGCAGUUUUUCCGAGGAAAUGCACCCACCCAGGCGUUAGUCAACUCGGAUAAUUGUGCGCGAAGGCCAGUCCGUGCCGUGAAAGUGAGAGGAGCACUUUCCCCGGCCGUUCAACCUCGCCUUGGUGACUGCUUCCUUGUUGUUGCUCCAGCCUUUGUGUGCUGUCCGGAGUCCAACUCUCUCCACCUAACCUUGCUCAACAUUGCCCAACCUGGCCCAACAGUUGCUCAAUACCAUCUAGUCAACUCUCCCAGACUUUCUACUGGGAUGAGGCUGCUAUUACUGAGUCCACUUCUCUUGCUGCUGGUGACAGGGAGAACAAGAGCUGAUGACAACUGGUCAUGGGGCAAGCAACGAGGAGAGGCUGGAGACCAACUGGUCACUUCAGCUAAGGUGGUAGAUGAAAUUCUGGAAUCCAGUAGGGCAGGGAAGGCACUGGAAGGGUUUGACCAGAUCUACUCUGACCCCGAUGUACAGCAAGCAAUCACAGCAGGCAACGAAACCCAGGCCCGCCACUUCAUCCGCGAACGAUUGUGUGGAUUGGGACUCAUGUCGUGCGAUCUAGAUGCUGAAGGGAAGUACCUGCAUCCUCAUGACCUGAUCUAUGCUCAGCCAGUGCACAUCAAACCAGUGGGCCGUCCGAUCCCAGCGGUGCCUGUCAAGGGGCCUCCAGUAGGAAUAGGAGGUGGUGUCUAUGGUCCUCCCCGCCCUGUGCCUCUGCCCUCUCGUCCUGGCUAUGGCCCACCCCCUCCCCCACCCCCUCCUCGCCCCUACUAUCCUGGACACAAGACACCUAUUUAUGAGCCAGAGGAGAUACCCUAUAAACCCAUUCUUGAGGAAAAAAAGCCAGUUGUUGUUGUGGCUGGUCAGGGCUCUGCCGGUGUGCAGACCCAUGUUCACCACCACUAUCAUCAUGGUGAUCAGAAAGUUCCUAUCCCGGUACCUGGAGUCAUUGACUCUUAUGAGCCCGCUCCUUAUCCUUCUGCUCCAGCAGGGAGCUAUGGGUCUCCCUCUUUCUCCCCAGGACCUCUGUAUGGUAACUCCAUUGGACCCAGUGGUUCAGGCGGCCUCUACAGUGGCAGCUCUUCUUAUGGCAAGCCUGACUUCUACAAGAAACAACUCAACAUCAAGGGAACAUAUACAGGUAAUAGUUUGGUAGGAUCUAGUUCAACAUACAAUACACCAAGUUCGAGUUACAACCCAGCAACAAACACCUUCAACACAGGCUCCAUCUACAAUACAGCUGCCAGCUCAACUCAUAAUCGCUAUCCCAGCUAUGAGAGUCCACGGUUGGAUACUGACUGCUUCUGCGUGCCCUUUGAUCAAUGCUUGCCUCACGAGAUCGCCCGCAAGGAGGAUGGCUACUUCAUCGACCCUCGUACCAAUGGAGACUCCACGAUAGAGGCCUUAGGCCCGGAUGAUGUGGUCGUCACUGACGGCAAUGGCACAAUGACUGUUGUUACCAAGCCCAAGAGGGAGGACAAGGAGGCCAAAGAAGUCACAGAAAACAUUAAGGAAGAGAAGAAAGAAAGAAGGAGGCGAGAAGCUGCUGAAGACAGCGUUGCUGAGGCUAGUGAAGAGAGAAAACACAAACCGCGCAAGUUCGGCCUAGGAGGAGGUGGAGGUGAUGAUGAUGAUUCCGAUUCAGAUGGCUCUGGCCUCAAACUCCGCCCUACUUUUGGUGUUUCCUUUGGUCUCCCAUCUGGAGGAGGAGGUUACCCUUUGAAUCCUUUCAGCCCCAACCCCGUCCCCAACCCCUACUAUGGUUCAGUAGGAGGUAACAAUGGCUUGGACCUGGGAUUGGUCAGUGUCAAUCCUCUCCUAUCAGUGCAGGUCACCAAGGAUGAAUACGGGGAGAAAGUUGUUAAGCCCCUAGUAAACCUCCAUGUCACUCCCAACCACGGAUUGAUCCACAAAGUCGGACACAUCAUUCACAAGUUCAAAGAGCCCUACUAUGGUGGUGGAUAUCCAGGCCAUCCUCCAUUUCACCAUCAACACCACCACCAACACUUUCAUGCACCUCCCCCUCCACCAAUAUUCCACAAGCCAUCCUAUUAUCCUUUCAAGCCCUAUGGUCCCCCUACACCUCCUAGGCCAUACUAUGAACCUUAUGCUCCCACCUAUAACAGCUUCCGAACUGAAGAAAGUCCUUACCGAUAUGACAAUGACUAUAAAGCCUCUUCGUACGGACCUGCUUACCAUGAAUCAGACUUCCAUCCUUCUUCCUCCUAUGGUCCUACAGGCAGCUACGAUGAUGGUUAUUCCUCAAAUUAUGAUGGUCCAAGCUCUUAUGAUUCAGACUACUACCGAAGCUCUAACAUAUCCUCUAUUAUGGGACCCUCCUCCUCCUCCAAUGAAGCCAAAACUAAUUUGAUCCAGUUCCCCAGCGACCGACGGACAUCUGGUGACAGACAAAAGCGUGACACAGAGCAUCAUAAAGAGGUGGUACAACCUGAGAAGCGGCAAGCAUACUACCCAGGAUCAGGAAGGUGUGGCCCUCGUCAAGUCUGCUGUCGCCGCCCUCUCUCACCCCCUUCCAGUCAGCUGUAUCGCCCCCCACAGCCUCAAUGUGGUGUGAGGAAUACUCAAGGUAUCAACGGAAGAAUCAAGAACCCGGUUUACGUUGACGGUGACAGUGAGUUCGGUGAAUACCCCUGGCAAGUAGCCAUACUGAAGAAGGAUCCUCAGGAGAGUGUGUAUGUCUGUGGAGGAACUCUCAUCGAUCAGCAACAUGUCAUCACAGCUGCACAUUGUGUCAAGUCGUACACCAACUUUGACCUGCGAGUCCGUCUUGGAGAGUGGGAUGUCAACCAUGACGUAGAGUUCUACCCUUACGUGGAGAGAGACGUCUCUUUGCUGCAGAUCCAUCCAGAGUUCUACGCAGGAACUCUCUUCAAUGACCUGGCAAUCUUACGACUGGAUCAGCCUGUGGACUUUCAACAGUCCCCACACAUCAGUCCCGCCUGCCUGCCGGAACCUCAGGCCGACUACAGUGGCUACCGCUGCUGGACCACAGGGUGGGGUAAGGAUGCCUUUGGAGACUACGGCAAGUACCAGAAUAUUCUCAAGGAGGUUGAUGUGCCAGUCGUGUCACACCACCAAUGUCAAGCUCAACUCCAGCAGACCAGGCUUGGCUACGAGUUCAAGCUCCACCCAGGUUUCAUCUGUGCUGGAGGCGAGGAAGGAAAAGACGCCUGCAAGGGUGAUGGUGGCGGACCAAUGGUAUGUGAGCGAGGUGGAUCAUGGCAGGUGGUGGGUGUCGUCAGCUGGGGAAUUGGCUGUGGUCAGUAUGGUGUGCCCGGGGUGUACGUCAAGGUGGCCCACUACCUUGACUGGAUCCGCCAAAUCACCAACCGAUACUGACCUGUUUGAAUCGAUGCUGACCUAUUUGACUCAUGUUAUAUAGCAUUAAUACAUUAAUAUAGGUUUAAAAUUUUAAGGAGCUUUGGGUUUCUUGAUUAUGCCAUUCAUUUCAUCAUAAAUCAUCAUUCUCAAGGAGAGUAAAACUAUCAUAUUGCUGUGAUCAACAUUAUUGAAUGCCCUUUUCAAGAAACCUGGAGAAACUAGUAAUGCAUAUUACAUAAAGUUUUACAAUAUAGAUAAUAGUUAUUUUGUGUUCUUUAUUUAUGAACAAUAAUUUGAUGUUCUUUUACCUAGACUAUAAUAAUAAUUUAUUAAUGACAGUGAUAGUAAUGUGAAUAACUUAUUUAAGUACAUUCUGAUAGAAUAAUUCACAAACUCAUUGUGUAAACUGUUUUUGUUGUGGUUUAUUUUAUGUAUAAAUAAUUAAUUA